AUGUUGAAGAUCACAACAUCCUCGGCUAGAGCACAGAUCAUCAGUGGCAGAUGGCAGCGCUUAGACUUCGAGCUUCUCAUUUUCUACCUGUCGAGGCCCGUGGUGAAGCCUCCACCCGUGAAGGACAUUCCCAUCGAAGCUUGUCAGUGGCAGUAUAUGGACACCAAAGGCAAUCUGCAGGGUCCUUUCUCAUCCCAUCAGAUGGCUCUGUGGAACCAGCACAACAUGCUGCCCAAGACUUUGCGCUUACGUCGGACCAUCGACACCGCCUUCAGCACCGUGGACGAGUACUUUCCAGCACCAUCCACAGCUUUCAAAUCUCAACCGGUUGUACCUGCUGCGAAUGCGGGGAAGGCAUCGUACGAGACCCCCAAGCCUGCAGAAAAAAGGCCCAAUGUGGCUCCACCCAAGGUAUCGGCAGAUGCAGCUUUGGCCAACUUGGGGCCUUUGGCUUCCCUCUUCGCCAACGCCACAGCCGCGGCACAUGCCAGCGCUCAGCAGGCGAUGUCGCAGGCGGUGAAGAAAGGUGAGAAGGGUGAGAAGGGUGAGAAGGGUGAGAAGGGUGAGAAGGGCAAAGGAAAGGCUCGGGAGGAGGGCGACCAUCCCAGACAGGGGCGUGGGAAGGCGAAAGAGAAGGCUGAAGCCCAGAACAAUGGCUGGAGCUGGUCAGCAGAACAUGGCUGGACCAACGAUAAGUCCUGGUGGGAAUGGUCCGCAUGGAAUGGCUGGGAGACAGAGAAUUGGGAGAAUGGCAAGCACAGUGAGUGGAAAUCUGAAAGCCCGGGGAAGGAGAAGGGCGAGAAGGGCGUGACAGCCGUUCAGGCAGCUUUCGGCAGCUUGAACUGGGGUCCACCCUUUAAGGAUGUGGACCUAUUUCCCGAGGAUCCUCUCCGCCGUGUGCUGGAUGAGGGCAUCGUGUGGGAGGAACGGUGGAUCUCUCCGCUGGCUGUGCGUUUUUCACAGGGGAAGAUUCAUCCCUUCUUCCACGAGCGGGGACCCAUCUCCGAGGUCAUGAGUCAAAUGAAGUUCAAGACAGAAGAUGGCAAGCGCAUCAAGCGCAUUGAUCCACCUUUUCCGCCCAUUCGGCUGUUGCAUCUGAAAGAGCAGGGCGUCCUGGUCACGUUGGACAAUCGGCGCCUAUACGCGCUGCAGCGUUUUGCUCUUCAGGAAUGGCCGACUCCUUGUUUGGUGCGGGCACUCUGUGUGGAUGAGCUGACACCUACGAGGUGCGCAAAUUUGCCCAAUAUGGGGCUACCAAUGGAUGGUGAUAUGGUUAGUAUCACCCACUAA